GCCUUAAAAUUAAAGACACUCAAAGAGAUGAAAAUGAGUGCCUGGCUAGCCUGCAGACCGCCCUUGAGAUGAUUUCCUCCACUACUCUCCUCUUGACUUCAGAUUUGUGAAGUUUUUUGUACUCUUUAGACUCAUUUCUCUGAUGGGGUUCUUGGUUUAGAAUCACUUCAAGUUUUAAUUUCAUUUUUCUGGCAAAUAGUAUGGCACAACUGCCUCCAAAAGUCCCCAACAUGACUCAGAAUUGGCCUUCUUUCCCCCACCAAAGAAUGCCAUCCAUGGCAGCUCCUGCUCUCCUCCCCGCCGCCACCGCCACCACCACCUCCCAACAUCCUUCUUGGGUGGACGAGUUUCUCGACUUCUCCUCCUCCAGACGGGGCUCCCACCGCAGGUCUGUCAGCGACUCCAUCGCCUUCCUUGAAGCUCCGGUGCUGGUUGAGGAAGCUAGGCAUUCUCAUGCCACAAUGCUGCAUGGCGCCAACGGCUUUGACCGGCUGGAUGAUGAUCAGCUCAUGUCUAUGUUCUCCGACGACAUAUCCCUCACCGUGCCGCCCACUGUGUCGUCUUCCGGCCCGUCCACACCAUCCGAUCAGAACAGUAAUAAUGAUGAGAAAGGCGAUGAGAAAGGAGCAGCCCUUGACCAGCAGCCACCAAAGAAUGAGCCUGGAGAGGUGGAGAGCUCAUGCAAAACUGAAUUACCAUCUUUCAGGCCUUCCACCGCCUCUAACGGCGAUUCCAUCAUCGAUCCAAAGCGGGUUAAGAGAAUUUUGGCAAACCGGCAAUCAGCUCAGAGGUCAAGGGUGAGGAAGCUACAAUACAUUUCAGAGCUUGAGCGGAGCGUAACAUCUUUACAAACGGAAGUUUCAGCAUUGUCUCCGAGGGUUGCAUUUCUCGAUCAUCAACGAUUGAUUCUCAACGUGGACAAUAGCGCGCUUAAGCAAAGGAUCGCGGCGUUAGCUCAAGAUAAGAUUUUCAAAGACGCUCAUCAAGAGGCAUUGAAGAAAGAGAUAGAGAGACUGAGGCAAGUGUAUCACCAACAAAGCCUAAAAAAGAUGGGGAAUUCAGCCACCGGAGCUCCACCGCAGUCAACGACACAACCACACCAAACCACCACCAUUGAUGCAGCCAUGGGGUGUACUGACAAGUUGCAGCUUCUAAACUGAGAUAGAGAGAGAAGGGCUCUGAAGUGGUGCAUUCUGCUAACCUGUUGCAUGCAUGUGAUGUGUCCCCAAUUAUCUGAUAGGGUGGGGUCCAUGACAAGCUUGUGGAUUGAAGGGUAGGAUAAGGACACGUGGACUGAUGGUAUAGGGAAAUGAGGAUAUUCAACAGUAGCGCUAAGAGGGGUUGGUGUUGAUUUUUUAUUUUCUUUUUCUCCUUUUGUAAUUUUAUGAUUUAUUAUAAUUUCCCUUUUUUCGGAAAUUAUUUUUGGGUGGGGGGCCAAGAUGGCAGAUCGAUGGGUGUUUGGAAACCCAGAAAGGAAAGGUUGUCUGGUUUUGGGGUGUCUAUUUGUGGUCUGAUUGUUGUAUUUUUUUUCUUUUUUCUUCUCGUGUUACAAUGUUGCAUUCCUCUUAUUUUA